AUGUUAGUUUCUAUAGAUGAAGAAAAGUAUUCGCUUGUUCUUGAAUAUGCGGACUGUGGAACAUUAGGAAAAUAUCUAAGGGACGAUACUAUGACUUUUAAUUGGGAGAACCAAUUAAGAUUACAAGUGCGAUUUUAUGGUUACAUGAUCAUCCCAAUAAUAGCUUUAAUACACCAAGAUGCAAUAAAAUUGUCAGAUUUUUGUCGUUCAUUUGAAAAAGGAAAGGGCUGUAAUGAUACUGGAGUAUAUGGUGUAAUACCCUAUGUGGACUCCAACAUGCUUAAUCGAGAAAUUUUUAUAAGAUAUUCUGGGAAUUAG